UUCAGUCAAGAGCCUUAAGCAGUAAUCCUCCGCUCUUUGUUGUGUUACUUUUUUUUUUAAAACAAUUAAAUAAAUAUUACUGAAAUAUAAGGAAAUAUUUGACAUUUUUUGUGAAACUGUUUUUUUUAUUAAUUUGACAACAUGAGUAAAGAUGAAAUAGUGUAUGUCUUAGUCCAAGACUAUGGUGAAGAAACAGUUACUGUAGUUGAUAAAAGGUUGAUUAUCGGAAACCCAUCAAUAGAAACAUGCAAAGAAUUUAUAGAUAAUCAAACCCAACAAGUAUUACGUUGGCCGACGAGUGAAAGUGAAAAAGAUUUGGCCCAACUUGCUAUCAAUUACUUAGAAGUUGAUCAUACAAAAUGUUACGUAAUAUUGUUAGGUGUAGGUACUAAAAAAGAAAUGAUAAAAAAAGAACAUAAAUAUCUAACGAGCGAAGUUUCAGAUAAAAAUGAAAGAAAAGAGGUUUGUAAAAAGAAUUUUGAUGGUGACGAUAGUGAUAAUGAGUGUCUUGACAAUGGAAGUAAAGGUAAGAAAAGAAAAGGAGAUCAUUUAAAAGUGAGUGAUAUUGCUGGUUUCGAAAAUAAUGAUAAUCCACCGAAGAAAAAUACAAAAGAAAAAUUAAAGAAAUCCAAAAUGACAUUCGAUGAUGCUGUGAGUGAUGAUACUAUGAGCAACAUGGGAUUGCAGGAACAGAUGGAAAAAAUUGCAGUUGCCGUUGAAAAAAAUGCCGAUUUACUUGAAAAAAUCAUGCAAAAAUUAAACGAUCAAGAAGUUGAAAAAAAAUCCGUUUUACUUGAAAAAAUCAUGCAAAAAUUAAACGACCUAGAAGUUUCCAUUCAACCACUGAGAUCGAAUAAAAGCUGUAACAAAAUUUUUCCUACCACUACGAUACCAACAACAACUAAAAACAUUCAACAACUGGGAUCAACUGAAAGCUGCAGCGAAAGUUUAUCUACUACUACGAAAGCAACAACGGUUGACAAGAUAAUUGAGCCUUCUGUCAAGAGGCGAAAAUUUUCGAGAACCAAAGACAGUAAUUGACCCAUGCGGUGUGUACGAGUUACAAACUUUCAUGUUCUCUACUUAUCCAUUCGAUAAAAAUUUCGUGCUAAAAGAGUUUGAGAAAGGAAUACAACAGGCUUGUUCAAAUGCAAACAAGAAAAACGCACCGAGUGCUGUGAAAGAGCAAGACCCCAAAA